AUGGAAGGAAUUUUAUGGAAAUGGACAAAUUACUGGAACGGUAAGCGGUUUCGUUAUACUAAUAAAAUUAGUUCAUAUAACAACAUUACAAUUGUUGCAGGUUGGCAAACAAGAUGGUUUGUGUUAGAGAACGGUAUUUUAUCUUAUUAUAAAUCACAAGAGGAAGUGAUUCAAGGAUGUAAAGGAUCAGUGAAAGUAUCAGUUUGUCAAAUAAAUGUCAAUAAUAUUGAUACUACUCGUCUGGAUUUGGUCAUACCUGGUCAGCAACAUAUGUAUUUAAGAGCGCCUUCUCCUCAAGAUAGGCAAAAAUGGCUUGUUGCACUAGGUAGUGCUAAGGCAUGUGUAGACUCCCAAAUUGACGUACUUGCUGCUGGUUUUGAUAAUUCUAUAGGCCAUAAAAAAUCAGAAUUACGACUCUAUUGUGAUCUGAUGAUGCAGCAAGUACAUGCUAUAAAAAGUGCUGCUUCUACUGAACACCCUGAAAUUCAGAAAAUUGAAGAUGCAUCAAGUCUUUUAGCAGCAACCUGUGACACUUUUAUUAGAACACUUGAAGACAUAAUGAAACUUGCAAGCACUAGUGGCACUACAGGAAAUGUUGCACCAUAUGAAAUGCCUGUACCUAACUUAAAUAAAACAAAUAGUUCAAACAAAAUACAGACUGCUAAUAGGAAUCCAAAGUCAAGUUUAAAUAGGUUACAUCACUCGGAAUACCACCUACACUGGUAUAAAUUGCGAGGAAGCUCCUACAAGAAGGAUACUGGACUCUCUGCUACUUAUCUUGGCUACUUGUCGCGUAGGUUGGGUGUUGUUUGCAUCCUUUAA